AUGCGCAUCGAGAAGUGUUAUUUCUGUUCGGGGCCCAUCUACCCUGGCUAUGACAUGAUGUUCAUCCACAACGAUUGCAAAGUGUUCGGAUUUUGUAAAUCUAAAUGUCAUAAACACUUUAAAAAGAAGUGCAAUCCUUGCAAAGUUAGGCGGACCAAACCAUUCCAGAAAGCAGCUGGUAAAGAGCUUACAGUAGAUAAUUCAUUUGAAUUUGACAGACAUAGAAAUGAACCUAUCAAAUACCAGCGAGAGCUAUGGAAUAGAACUAUUGAUGCAAUGAAGAGAGUUGAAGAGAUCAAACAGAAACGCCAAGCUAAAUUUAUAAUGAACAGAUUGAAGAAAAAUAAAGAGCUACAGAAAGUUCAGGAUAUCAAAGAAGUCAAGCAAAGCAUCCAUCUUAUCCAAGCCCGUCUUGCAGGCAAAGGGAAGGAGUUGGAAGAGAAAAUGGUACAGCAGUUACAACAGGAUGUGGACAUGAAGAUGCUUCUUAAACAUUUCUGUAACCAUUUCUUUUAUGGACAUUUGAAAAUGCCCUUUGGAGACUUGGAACUGCUAAAUUAUUAG